UGUUUCUGCUCAUUUCGCCACAUUAAAGCGCUCUACGUGUGGUAGUUUUCUCCGCCUUUCUUGGCACUGCGAACCAGUGGAGUGAUCAUCCAAACGCAUAGGUUGGGUAGAGAGAGACUGCUGUUUCCAUCCUAUCGAUAAGACCGCUGCUCUUAGUUCGACAGCCACUGGGCAAACUUCCCAGAUGCUUCCUCGUCGAUAUUCUGCUGCCGUCUGUGACAGCGUUUACUGAACUGGAGAGACAAAGAUCGUCACAAAGAGGAACACUAACAGACUUGUGACGGUAAAAGGCGCAAGUGAAGUCAUCACAAGUGUGAUGCAUGUGGUGGGAACUUCCUGCUUUGGCUGCACUCCUGUGACACAAUCGCUCUUUUCUUAAGUCACAUCAUGCUGUUUGGCGAGCAGUUAUUUUGUCUGAAAACACGUCAAGCGGCUGAGUGUGUGGGAUGAGAGCGCAAAGAAAACAAGAAAGGGGAAACGACAACCAUGCUGAAGAACUACCAGCUGGUCUACAUUGGCCUGGAGCUGGUGAUCGCCUGCCUGGCCGUGGCUGGGAACGUCCUGGUCUGCUGGUCCGUCUGCCUCAACUCCAACCUGCAGAGCAUCACCAACUUCUUUGUGGUGUCGCUGGCCGUCGCUGAUAUCGCUGUGGGGCUGCUGGCGAUCCCUUUCGCUAUCUCUAUCAGCAUUGGUUUCUGUACCUACUUCUACGGCUGCCUGUUCAUCGCUUGCUUCGUCCUCGUGCUCACCCAGAGCUCCAUCUUCAGUCUGUUGGCCAUCGCUAUGGACCGCUACAUCGCUAUCAAGAACCCACUCAGGUACAGCAGUCUGGUGACAGGGCCGAGGGCGAAGGGCAUCGUCGCGCUGUGCUGGGUUCUCUCCAUCGGCAUCGGCCUCACGCCCAUGUUCGGCUGGAACACAGGUGGGAUCUCUAACAUCAACAUCAGUGGAUACAGCUGCCCCGAGGGAAUGACCCAGUGCUUGUUUGAGGGCGUGGUUCCCCUGGACUACAUGGUCUUUUUCAACUUCUUUGGCUGCGUGCUGGUGCCCCUGCUGAUCAUGCUGGUCAUCUACGUCAACAUCUUCAUGGCGGCGCGACGGCAGCUCCGACUAAUGAGCCUAAAGGUUGCACACACGCCUGCUCCCGGAGAGAAAAUCUUUUGCUCGAGCUCGUCUCGUUCAAUCCUCCAGAAGGAAGUUCACGCUGCAAAAUCGCUGGCCAUCAUCGUAGGUUUUUUCGCUGUGUGCUGGCUUCCACUGCAUAUCAUCAACUGUUUCAACCACCUGUGUCAAGACUGCGAGCGUCCAGACAUCUGGGUGAUGAACAUAGCCAUCAUCUUCUCCCACGCUAACUCUGUCGUGAAUCCCUUCAUCUAUGCCUACCGCAUUCGGGAGUUCAGGCUGACCUUUCGGAGGAUUCUGUACCAGCACAUCCUGGGGAAGAGGGAUGGGUGUGGCUUCGGGAGUGCUGGUGGAAGAGACGUUGGGACCACCAGUAUCAUACGAACUUCAUCCCGUAUGAGUAAAGAGCGUUCAUCCAGCGGCACGUUGGUAAAUAGUUAUGCCCUGGACCACAGUAUUGACCAAACCAGACCAAAGGAUACUCAUGAAUCCUCUCCCCACUGGACAUCACAUUUAGAUGCCACACAGAGCAGCUAUAUACCCAACGGACACCCAACAUGCAACAUGGCAUUUUCUGCACGGGAUGCGGUGGAGUCGUCGUCGUAUCUCGGGGGAGCAACAGAUGUUUUGGCGGUGAACGACAGGGGAAGCUGCAUUGCUUUUGUAAAUGUUCAGGCUCUCUCCCUGAACCAGACUGACUGUGCCCGCAGUACAAAACUUACAGAAAUCUCAUGACAAAGAAACGAUGUUGGUAUUUAAAAUAUUUUCUCUGUUGCCACAACACGCAUACCAUUGUACAAACAUGGAAAAGGAUUAGCAAAGUCUCAGCAGAUCAACACCAGCAGCUAAUCUGUUUAUCUGAAGUCACAGGAACUACUUUUCGGGUUUUAUUUUUGUCUCUUUGUUCUCUGAGUUGGAUCGGAUGCACAAACACAGAGACAGUUGGUAAAAACCAAGUGGAUGUUUAAUAUCAGCUUGUAUCCUCUUUACAUGCUGUGAAAGGACAUCUAUGGCAGUGUGUUCUUUAUCCAAGAUGAAUGUUCUUUUUGAGAUCGCCUGUAUUAAAAAUGUGCUUGUAAAUAUAAAUAUGUAAUGUACUUUAUUUUGAAUUUCUUUUUUUAUAAUGUUGGCUGUAUUGUUUUUACCCAUGGGAGGAAAACAAUGGCAUUGAUCGAAGGCAAGCACGAGGUGUGCAUCAUCUCUUACGUCAAGACUUGUUUAAAAAAUAAUUUCUCAAAGUGUUGGAUAGCUACAAAGCACCCGAUGUGUUGCGAGCUUGAUGAGGGAUUUGAUAACUGCCAGGCAACGUGUUCAUUGCUGGUUCGACAUCUAAGUGACAUACGAAUCAAAGGUAGGGAUAAACACAGGCCAGUUACCAACCAUCCAAAACAAAGAGCUUGUUUUAUCUAUUCAAAUAUCACUCCAUAUGCCUGUAAUGCAGCUACUUCCAGAGUCAGGCUUGCACACACACACAUGUAAAGUGCACACACAUGACCACAGACUACUCAGCAAGAGGUGUUUACAGAGUAGCCUGGCUGCUGACGCCAGUCAAUGGGCCUAAUGCAAUGGAAAUCAAAUGAAGGUUCAUUUGAUGGUGUCUUUUAUUAUCCCAUUAUGCUUUCUCUUUCCUCAUUAAAAAGCCCUUCCACUGUGGGAAAGACCUGCAUUAAGCAACUUUUAUGUGCCUUAAAGCACUUCCAGAGACAUGCCUCCAAGAAUAAGCAAGUCGCACCGUGUUUAUUCAAAAACUAUGCAUAGUGGUUGUUUAUCACACUUUCUGGUCAUGUACAGGGAUAUUUAAAUAGAUUAAACAAUUUUGCUGUAA